CCAACAGAAACACGUACACACACACACACAAGAAACCAUGAAGCUGACUGUGCUGCUCUUUUCUACUCUGCUGCUCUCUGUCUCUGUCCUUUUCCAGGGGUAUGAGACUGUGAGCCCAGACCGUGGGACGGUGCCGUCUGACGCACCAAAACCAGACCCUCUGGCUGAAACCAAAGAGCCUGGCUGUGCGAAGUAUGAAGACGGAACCUGCACCAGGGAGUAUGAUCCAGUAUGUGGCAGUGAUGGAAAGGUCUACAGCACCGAGUGUGUUCUCUGCCAGCUGAACAGCCUCCAAAAGACGAAUGUGAAAAUUGCGAGCAAAGGGGAGUGCCCUCCUUAACGGACUGUGGUGCCCAUGGACACACACACACACAAACACACACCUGUGUCUGGCUGUGUAAUAGACAUAUUAUAUCCUGUCCCUGUAUGUGGCCUUCUCAAUAAAGUUGCGUACUGCAACAUGU